UCUUGACGCGGGUUGCAUGCGUUGCGGGGCGAGAAGAAGGAAAAUCGCGAAAAGUCAUUUCAGCAGUGCCGUGCCGUUUCAGUGCGGGGGUAUUCGUAUAUUCGUGCGUCGUGGUCCGAUGCUUCCAUUGAUUUUAUGCAAUUUUCUGUGGUCAUUUUCCGCGGAACGGUUUCGCCCAUUUGCGGACGGUGCAGUGACGUGGCCAAGGAUUGGACAUUUUGGAGUGCUGGUUGAUUGAUGGUUCGUCGAUCUUGUUGGUGAAGUGCUUUUGUUACGUUGCGGUGCUCUGCCAUCCGGCCCCAAUUGAAGUAUAGUGAAGGUGAUCGGUCACGAGUGGGCUGGGAGUAUGCCCGGGUGUGAGGAGCAAAAAAGAUGGAUGUUUGUGCAUUGUGUAUUGUGAGAGUUUAAUGGAUUAUUUCUGUAUCAAGGGAACUUCAAUUACCUACAUGAAAGUGAUUUUUACGUUAUUAUUUGGAGAUGAUAAGAAAUCAGUAUUUGGACGACGUUCCAAUUUGAAGGCAGGAUAAUUAGAGGAGUGUCCACGCGAUGAAAUAAGGCCAUCGGUGAUAUGCACAUGAACAACUACUUCUUAUCAUCGUAUUAUCAUUUACAUUGCAAUCAAGCUGCAUGGACCGAAUGAAGUGCCUGAAGUGUCUAACCUUACGCAAGAUCCCGUGACGAGAACUUCUAUUCCAAAGCUCUCUUGAAAUCGCUGCAGAGAGAACGUCCGAAUGUGGUAGUCUCCCAAGACUGUGGUAUUUUAAUUACUCCUAUUAGCAUCAACCAAAUCGGCCAAACGGCCAGGUGUGAAUAUUGGACGGUGUGCAGAAGUGCGGUGCGCGCUGGGAACGAUAUUAUUGCCUGUUUUGCUGACUCCCGCAGUGAAGUGACAUUGAGAGGAAAAUCGUAAGCACGUACAUACAACGAGCAGACUGUGCAUUUGGAUGCGGUGUUUUUUUUUCCUUCUAUGAGCAGAUUGUGAAAUCACAUUCGUUGAGUUACAGUUGCACUACGGACCGUUAUGGAAAAGGCUACCGGAGCAACAACCAAAGUCGUUAGGAAAGGUGGCGCUGUACGCUGUAAUCGAGAAGCGCUUCCGGCCGCGUCCGUUGGACCGCUCCAGACUCCCGACGCCGUCAUUCUCGUCAUGCCCGCUUUAUUCGGACGAGGACGAUCUGUUGGACUUGUACUAUGAUACGGUGUCACCUUCCAGCACAACGCGCAUCACAACGAGCUUCUCGACGGGGGUCAGCACUCGGUGGACCUACGCCACAUCACAAUACUAUCGACGGAAGUCAAAGCGCAAAAUGUCUCCGCUGUCCAGUCCGAAAUCCAAGCCCUAUAAUUUGUUCCGCAUGAUAGCAUCCAGUUCGGCGUCCUCUUCGACGUCUUCGAUAUCGUCGGCCACCAUCGGUUCGUCGUCCGGUGUUAGUGGCAGCGUUAGUGGCUCAUCGCGGUUACAACGGCGCCGCCGCCGAAAAAAGCGAAUGCUUCCGGCGAAAGUGGAGAAAACAGCCACGAACCGCGGUAGGACGGCGGCGGGCUGUGAGGAGCAGGUAGAUGACAACGACGACGAAGAGGUGAGCGACGUGGGCGUAGAGGAAGAUUCCUCCGAAGAUGAGGCAGCUGAUGAGACUGAUAGGCUGACAGGCAGAAUCAAGGAACAUUCCACUAGUGAGAACAUACGAGACAACCAAACGGAUGAGCAGCUAUCGAUGCCAUGGUUCGGCAUGGACAUUGGCGGCACCCUAACGAAGUUGGUCUACUUCGAACCGAAGGACAUCACACCGGGCGAGCUGGACCAGGAGGCGAAAAUCCUGCGCAACAUUCGGCGGUACCUGACGAAGCACUCGUCCUACGGCCGUUCCGGCCACCGGGAUAUUCACCUGCAGAUGGACGACGUGGAGAUACGGAGCCGACGCGGUUCGCUGCAUUUCAUUCGGUUUCCCACGGCCGAGAUGGAAAAGUUUCUGGCCCUGGCCAAGAAGAAAGGCAUGGCCCAGCUGGUGACGACGGUUUGUGCGACAGGAGGCGGGGCAUUCAAGUUCGAAGAAACUUUCAAGGAAGAGGUCAACAUGAAGCUGGCCAAAUUCGACGAACUGGACGCUCUGAUCAAGGGCAUACUGUUCACCGAGACGCACAAUCUAUGCGAGUGUUACUACUGGGAGAAUGCUAGUGAUAUUAGUAUAAGUUCAAAGAAGAAGUUCGACUUCAGUCAACCCUAUCCGUUCAUUUUGGUCAAUGUCGGUUCGGGUGUGUCGGUGCUAGCGGUCCGAGGACCGGACAACUACAAACGCAUUUCCGGUACUAGUUUGGGUGGUGGAACAUUCCUGGGGCUGUGCUGCCUGCUGACGGGAUGCACAACGUUCGAGGAAGCGAUACAGCUGGCCACGAAGGGUGAUCACACGAAGGUGGACAAACUGGUCAAGGACAUCUACGGUGGGGACUAUGAGCGGUUUGGUCUGCCCGGCGAUCUAGUGGCUGCCAGCUUCGGGCAGAUGAACCUUGCCGAACGAAGAGAAAGUGUUUCGAGAGAAGACCUCGCCAAUGCUACUCUCGUUACGAUUACCAACAAUAUCGGUUCGAUCGCCAGGAUGUGCGCCAGUAAUGAGAAAAUCGAUAGGGUGGUUUUCGUUGGAAAUUUCCUGCGAGUGAAUCCCAUUUCGAUGAAGUUGCUCGCAUACGCCAUGGACUAUUGGUCAAAGGGGAUGCUCAAGGCCUUAUUUUUGGAACACGAAGGCUAUUUCGGUGCUAUCGGCUGCUUGUUGCAGUUUAACGGCGAACUCAAUGCGCACGUUGACAACGAAGGCGACCUGCUAACCUAGGAAUGAAUAGAAAAAAAAUAUGCAGAGAGGUAAGGUUAAUAACGCAUGUAUGAACUAACGAAUUCGUCGUCACAAAAAUAAUAAAAGCGGAAACCAAAACACAAAAGACACACCAUAUUUCCACCAAUAGGAUUCAAUAGCAGGCAUACCACAGAAAAAUAAAUCAAACAUAAAUCUAUAUACUAGGUUUACAAACAUAAUAUUUCCGCGAUGCGCGUCGAUAGGGAUAAGGAUAGGAUAAUUGUAAGAGAACGUUUUUAGGGUUAGCUGGCAGAAUAGUGAGAAUCGAAAUGUAGAAUUGUUAAAACGGUAAUUUAGGCAACGUUCGUUUUUAAUUGUGGAUUAGUCUGGAACUGUUUUCAACAGUUCGAACUUGUUAGUGCUUUUAGGAUCAUUUUUGAUCCAACAUACACCUGGAAAAGAACGGUAACUGUCUGUGCAAAACGAGAUAAAGAAUUGAAAAUAA